GCUCUGCUCUCACAGCGGCCCCUUUCACUCUCUAGUCUGCCGUUCUACUCGGUUUUAACGCUAUUUCUGCUGUCUGUAGAUGAAAAGAUCUUUCCCUUUACCUCACACCUGCAUGACCACUAGAUGGACCUCAUUCCUUAUAAACCACAGCUUCACCCUCGCGCUCAGCAGCGCUCUGUGGCUUUGCCUGUUAUUGAUCCCAUAGUUCAGCUGUAAUUUCCCACAUUCUUUGGCCUCUAACAGUUUUAAAGCUACCUUUUUCAUAGGUCUUUAUCUUUAUAGUUUCAAGAAGGCUUGGAGAAGGUCUUAAAAACCUUCCUGCAUUCUUCAGCGUGUGCUCGAGUUUGCCAUAGGCCAGGAUGGCUGCCCGUCUUCUCCGAUCCAUGGCCCUGCGCGCAUCCAUGGCCCUGCUCCAAUGCAGUCGUUCCCAUAAGUCCGCAAGGCCGCUCCUAGCACUGAUUCCACCCUCUACACUAGGAACGUGCCGAAGUAAGAAGACAUGGCCCAAGACGUUCCCCGAGGAGGAGCUGAGGAAGCGAUUGACCCCCAUGCAGUACCAUGUUACUCAGCAAAAGGGCACAGAGAGUGCUUUCACAGGAAAAUACACAGAUAACAAAGAGGAAGGAACCUACCACUGUGCCGUUUGCGGUGCCCCUCUAUUCACGUCUGAUAAGAAGUUUGACUCUGGAUCAGGAUGGCCGUCCUUUUUUGAUUUGAUCAAUAAGGACUCUAUAACACUAACUGAUGACUUUUCGUAUGGGAUGCACAGAGUGGAGACAACCUGCAGUCAGUGUGGUGCUCACCAGGGCCACCUUUUUGAUGAUGGACCUCGACCAACAAAGAAACGCUACUGCAUAAACUCCGCUUCUCUCAAUUUCCAGGCGAAAAACAGUGCCUCUGAGGAGGUGGAAGCAUCUGGAGGAGCAGGUCAAUCACCACCUUCUAGUAAGAAUGAAGAACUUUAAUAGGACUUGAAA